UUAUACCCAGGUAAAGUACUCGUUCGUGUGGUUCACAAAAAUCAGAUGGCAAUUUUCUCCUCUUCACGUUAAUAACUUCCCCUCAUUUCCAUAUCCACAAAACCCCACACCAUUGUGAGGACUUCCCAACCUUAACAUACGAAGAGCUAUUCUUUCCAAUCUCGGAAUAUUGAACUGUUAAUCAAUUGGUAAUGCCUACUAUUUUACCUGGCCUCAAAAAACUCAAAGAACGUCGAGCUCACGCCAAAGAGCUUCGAGGUCAAUCGAAUGAGUUGCACAGAUGCUAUCAAGAUAUGAAAGCCGUGGACGAUCGAUAUAACAAACCCCAGACGUAUCAUGUGGACCAAUUUACACAUACGAAUGGAGAUGCAGAUAAAUUGCAAGACCUGCGUGCUACGAUACCACGGGAAAUAGAAAUAAGGCCUUCAAGCGACUCAUCGGCACGCCCAUGAAGAAAACGGAAUCGCAAUAUAGUCGUGAUGGUCUCGUGUGCUUCAAAUAAGACUCAUUUCUCAUAGAAUCACCGAAUCAAUUUCAAGAGAAAGGAAUAUCUCUGGACUGGGGGCCACGGAUCGUUAGACGAAGUAGGAGAAUCCCAGUUCCCUCGUUUGUGAAGUGGUCGAGUCGAAUUUGAAAUAUUUAUGGUUUCGUCAAGGUGAUACGAUGGGCAUUUAUACAGCAUUGUCACUCCCUUGGUGUUGGAUUUGGAGUUUACGGUUAUCCUUGCAGCAAUUGGUGGCCGGAGCAGGAGGAAUUUUGACAAAGUGCAGUUCAUAACUUUCUCUGUGUGUAGGACAACUUGUAUAUUAUAUCGUUAUCGAAAAAUCAUCUUUCAAACC